AUGGUCUCUAAAUCGUCCAAAAAGAUUUCAAAGGGUAAAUCCACUCAUAUUUCCAGUCCCAUUACACGUGUAGAUGCAACUUCCAAAUGGGCAACUAUCAGGCCUCAUGGCACUACUGUAGUUGUGGAUCACCGCAAGCAUGCACUCCCGGCUCUACAUUCCGGAAAGCACAUUAUUCCAAAACCAAAGGGUGCAGCCGGCAAGGUUUCAGCUGGUGGAUACAGUCUCCAAGAUGCAAUGGGGCUGAAGGGUAACAAGGGACACUACAAUGGCUAUAUGCAUGAAAUUCGCAUUAUUGUGAACUCGACGUUGGAACGGAAGAAGACCUUUCGACAACAACCCCCAUCGCUUAUCAAUGAAGUCGUAUUAGAGAUAUUUGCUCACUCAGAUACAAAGGUCCAGAUUAAAUUUCCGUUCUUUCAGCAGUUUGCAGAUGGAUGGCUGAUCCGCAAUGUCCUCAAAUGUAUGCUUCUCAAUCAGAAGCACGAUGCUAAGUACCAACUUAACAAUUCAUGGAACAAGGACUGCCACAAUGAGGAAGGUAAUGAGCCGGAUGAUGAGGAUAACCUUGACAUCGAACCUGAGAGUGAAGGGGACGUCAACCAUGCACUGGUGCCAGUGAAGAAGGCUCCCAAGAAGAUCACUAGGAAAACUACCCUAAAGAAAACGGCCUCCGCUAUACCUGAUGAUCAGGACGACUUUGACUUUGAACCCAAGAGUGAAGAGGGUGUUGAUGACACACCAGUGUCAGUGAAGAAGGCUCCCAAGAAGAUCACUAGGAAGACUACCCAAAAGAAAACGGCCACCACUAUACCUGAUGAUCAGGACGACUUCAACUUUGAACCCGAGAGUGAGGAGGGUGUCAAUGACACACCAGCAUCAGUGAAGAAGGCUCCCAAGAAAAUCACCAAGAAGAAACCUGCUGACAUUAUAGCUAUAGAAAAGAAGGCUGUUAUGAAGGUACCCAUCACCAAUCCAAAGUCAAAAGGAUCCAGGGCAUGUCCCAAGUCCUCUGAUAUGAAGGCUGCUUCAAGCCUACUGGCAAAGGAGCCUCCAAAGGGCAAUAAGUAUGUAUCACAGAAUGCCGACAACAGUUCAGAUGAUGAGUUUAAUGAGUUGAUAUCAGCGGAGGUUCAGCACACAGGGGUUGAGGCAUCAGAGAAUAUACCUGCCAAAUUCAAGCGCAAACUCGCGACACAGGAAUCUGAAGAUGAGCUUGAUAUCACCGAACAGCAGACGACCUCACCAUCAGGACAAACCAAUGGAAAUGUAGACGUCAGUGUACAGGAUCGUGCCACUGGACUAUUCAAAUGCCCACGAGAUGGGUGCUUCGAAAAUCUUCCCACUAAUAUUAGUUCUCGGCUUCAAGAGUUGCUUGAUGCACGCCAGGCUCACCUCACUGCUGACGCUAUCGACUUCAAGUUAAUCCCACCUCGCAUGAAAGUGCUUGAAGGUGAAGUCCAGCAUCUUCUUAUAUCCAGCGAUGCCAAGGAGAGUUGCUAUGUCUUUAAUCUCUUUUCUGGCAACCUCAUCGCUGAGAAGAAAUUCGGAAUGAAUUGCAAACAAGCCUUUGAUUCAUUCUCAAAGCACAAGAACUUCAAGAUGACUGCACCUCAACUACUACUUGAUGUUGCUCGACCUGGCUACUAUGGGCCAAAAGGUUACACCGUGAUCCAGGCGUGCAUUCAGCACUUAGUUGAUUUGACAACUACUUCUAUGACUGCGUUUCAGCCAUUGACUCUUCAACAGUAUACCCACUUUAUCCUCAUUCCCUUCAUAGCCCUUCGGUUGAUCAUGGAAGAUCUCAAGUCGGAGGAUGAGAUGGACACCUAUGAGUACAUGACCGGGAGUGGAGAUGUUGGUGACAUGCUGCAAGGAAUUGAUGAUCAAGGCCACAAUCAUGAUAUUUAUGACAUUAUCAUGGCAGUUGCAUGCAAGCAACCAGCGGUGGAUUGUUCAAUCAAGUCUUCCUUGCAUAGAAGGCCCUCCGUGCCCCAGUUCAGCCUGCACCCAGACCCUCCAAGUUUUCAGGUUGUCACGACGAUUCUGCUGCACCUCCCCCUGCCAAGCGGACUCGAGCAUCCACAAAGUUGCCUUGGAUUUGUUCUGAAUGCCACCACCCCAGAUCGCCAACACAACAUCAAAUCACAUUCGAACUUUCUUCCUCCUAGCUACUGUGGACUCUCUGCACAUUGA